AUGCCUGAGCCAGCGAAGUCCGCUCCUGCGCCUAAGAAGGGCUCUAAAAAGGCUGUGACCAAAGCCCAGAAAAAAGAUGGUAAAAAGCGUAAGCGUAGCCGUAAAGAGAGCUAUUCCAUCUACGUCUACAAGGUACUAAAGCAGGUUCACCCGGACACCGGUAUCUCGUCUAAGGCUAUGGGCAUUAUGAACUCGUUUGUCAACGACAUCUUUGAGCGUAUCGCGGGCGAGGCCUCUCGCCUGGCGCAUUACAACAGGCGCUCGACCAUCACCUCAAGAGAGAUCCAGACGGCCGUGCGUCUGCUGCUUCCAGGGGAGCUGGCCAAGCACGCUGUGUCUGAGGGCACCAAGGCUGUCACCAAGUAUACUAGCGCUAAGUAA